UGAGCGGCGAAACAGAAUGCGGGGGACAAGAAGACUCCAUGAGCUGUGCGAUGACUCUCUACAGCGUCAUUCCCAAUUCCUGCUCGCUUCUUUGUCCAUCGUCGCCGCGUCAACAGCUCUCCCGUCCCUAACCCCAUCGCCCCUCCGCUGCGCAACCCGAGCCAUGAGCAGCAUCGCAACCGCAAGCACCCAGCCGGUGACAGCACCGCUGACACGACACGCAACAUUCCUCGUCCUAACCGCCACCUCGCCCUCCGCGAUCCCAACCAUCCGCUCAACCCUAGCCGGCGUCUCCAACCUCGCCAAAAACGUCUCCUUCCGCGAUGCCGACGCCAAAUUCACCUGCACCGUCGGCAUCGGCUCCUCCAUCUGGGACUCGCUAACAAACAACCUCCCCCGGCCGAAAGAACUACACCCCUUCCGCGAGGUCAAGGGCGCAAAACACACCGCCAUCUCUACACCAGGGGACCUCCUCUUCCAUAUCCGCUCGGAGCGCCGCGAUCUGUGUUUCGAGUUCGAGCGCCAGCUCAUGGAUACUCUGGGCGACUCUGUACAUCUGGAAGACGAGACUACCGGGUUUAGAUACUUCGAUGCUCGCGAUCUCCUCGGUUUCGUAGACGGCACUGCGAACCCCGUUGGCCCUGAUGUUCCCGCCUCAGUCCUCGUCGCGAACGACGACGAUCCCACCGCUGCCUCUAGUGCCCCGGGCGGCUCCUAUGUCGUCGUCCAGAAAUACGUCCACGACCUACCAGGGUGGAAGGGUCUGGGGUCCGAACAGCAGGAGCAGAUAAUCGGACGCACGAAGCCCGAUAACAUGGAGCUCGACGACGCAGAGGACGGGAAGCAGGCGUCGCAUAAGACACUGAGUACGAUUGAAGACGAGCAAGGGAAUGAGCAUGAUAUCCUGCGUGAUAAUAUGCCAUUUGGGUCGCCGGGCUCGGGGGAGUAUGGGACUUAUUUUAUUGGGUAUACGAGGAGGCUGUGGGUUAUUGAGAAGAUGCUGGAGCGUAUGUUUGUGGGCCAUCCGCCUGGUUUACAUGAUCGGUUGCUGGACUUUUCGAGGCCGUUGACUGGGUGUGUUUUCUUUGCGCCGUCUGCGGAGGUUCUGGAUGGGCUUGAUGGGUAGGUAUAUCUAUCUAUAUAUAAUAUUAGCCAAGUUGAUAUGUUACGGUGAAAGUAGUGUCAGGCUUUGAUACUAGGUAUAUUUAUCGAUUGCAUGCCUUCAGCACGCUUUAUGGAACUGGAUAUAUCAGU